AACCUGUCACCAGGAAAAUCCGAAUGUUACUUGAGCGCUUACAGCACUUACUUUCAGGAUUUCUGAUAUUUCGGCGAAGGAAAAAUACAGAUGAAUCGAGGAUGUCGGAAAAAGCUACUAUUGUUCAAGCAGAAAGAGCAACUGUGCAGCUUUUCAGUUCACAUAGUGGAAAUACGAUAAAGGAUAUAGAAGUGCAGUUUAUAGAAUUGCUAACGAAGAAGCUGAAAAAUGGCAGUUUUGUUAAGUGCAACGAACUCAAAGACAUAGAAUGGGAAAAGAUGUUAAUUGUACUGUGUAUCAUUUCAUCUAGAGUAGUAACAGACGCCGCUUACGCUAUAAAAGACAUUAAAAAUCCAGCAAACACUGUUCUUAUGCUUAUCCAUAACAAAGAAAGUCAUGCCUUACCAAAACUUACCAGUUCAUCUGUCCUUACUGACCACGCAUUCCAGAAACUAGGAGGCGUAUUUGAUUUGGCGUUUGUUAAUAGAAGAGGAAUCUAUCAAUGUGAAAUGAACGACAUUUCUUUAGAUAAAGUCUGCACCUUCAUAAAAGCAAAACAGGGUAGACAGAAACUGACGGAGUGAUAGUCAUUAAGAGUGCUAAAGAUAUAGAUCUGCAGAAGGCCUAGAUAAUUUCGAUUUCGUAAGCAAAGUAGUGGUCAAUCAUUUCACAAGAUUACUUGAAUACAGAGGGUAAUUUGUUAGUUAGACAACCUGUUGGUCAUGUAAUUGCAUUUUGAUUGUUGGUGAAUUUCAGAGAAGAGAGCACGUUGUUUGUUAGUUUAAAGGUUUUUAUCAAGA